UGAACUCGAAAAAAACAAAAAACAUAUAUAAACUAUAUUAAUAUCAAUGAAUGAAAACUGCAUUCGUGUGAAUAAAGUGAUGGUUUCACAUGCUAAGCCGCGAUCGUUGCUAACUCAAGGUACAAAAAGAGCCUCAAAUUGUAAGUUUAAAAAAGUAUAGACAAAUAAUCUUUUCUGACUGGACAUGCUCUUAUAAUAAAGGAUGGCACCAAUUUUGAUGGAAAUUGGAUAAAUUCAUUAAAAAUAUAUGUAUGUUCUAAAGGUUAUCUUUCAAUGAGGAAAAAAGUAUAACUACCUAUUUUCAAGUGGCAACACGUUUCGUCAGCACGAUUGAAGUUAAAACAAUUUUUAAACAAAACAUUAAAACAAUUUAAUUCAGUUACUGCUCUCCAAAGUGCGAAUAAUUAUUAAAAUGGAUAUUAAUUUUCAUUUAUACUAUGACGAUGAAAUGUAGGAGCUGAUGUGUUUGACCCAUGUUAAUGCAAAUUUGUAAUACGCAAGAAUUUCGUGCAUUUAGCUAAAUUUACCAAAUUAUCAUAGGCAACACUGCCCAAAAAUAACUGAUUUUUGCUAUUUUUUGACAGAUGUCGCUUGAAGUCUGCUGCCGCCCUUGCUUUUACAGCGACAGAGUAAUCGGCAUAUACACGUUGAUCACACGCAGGCAAUUACCGCAAUGGAUCGAUACCAUCCAGCCCUUGGUAUCACGAUUGAACUCCAGCUCAGCCUCAAACCAGUAACUUUACCUUUCCAUGAUUUCAAAAGUGCUGACUAUGAGAACCUUAAUGCAUUUUAUCUGAACGUCGAUUGGUUGAGCCUGUAUUCAUCCUCUACCCUAGACAGCAAAGUUGUAGUCUUCUAUGACAUUAUUCAAAGAGGUAUAUCUACAUAUGUGCCUGUCCGUUCACAAAACAUCAACAACUUUCCGUACUGGUUUUCAAGGGAAUUAAAACACAAAACGAUACUUAAGAAGGAAGCCCAUACUACCUAUAAGAAGUGCAAUUGCAAAAAGAAUUAUAGAAAGUUUAGCGAACUCAAGAGAGAAUGUAAAAUUCUCAAUAAACAAUACUACAAGAAUUACAUAGAUAAAAUUGAACAAGUACGGGAUGACGCUAAUGUGUUCUGGAAAUUUGUUAAACACAAAAAAAGAGGUAAUGGUGACAUCCCAUCCACCAUGUCCUGGGAUAAUCUGACGGGAGACUCAGGUAUCGAUAUUAGCAAUAUGUUCGCAUCCUUUUUAAAUAGUGUGUACAACCAAAAUUCUCACCAGUGUUCACCGUCAAUUGAAGUAGUACCAGCUCCGACUGUCACCAUUGAUGAAUUUGGAGUUAACAUCAAGACGUCCAUAAAAUGUUGUCGACACUGAACUUGAAGAAAGGUGCUGGUCCGGACGGCUUACCAAAUAUGUUUCUUAAAAACUGUGCAGACAGCCUCAGCGAGCAUAUCACAUACUUAUUCAGCUACUCACUACAAAAUGGUGUCUUCCCAACUAAAUGGAAAUCAUCCGACAUCUGUCCUAUUCACAAGGAAGGCCCAAAGUCCGAAGUCGUUAACUAUAGGCCAGUUUGCAUUCAAUCAGCUUUUUCCAAGCUUUUCGAGAAGAUAGUUCUCCCACAAGUCACUGCAUUCUUCACAAAUAUUAUCACCAACAAGCAGCAUGGUUUCGUCGGCGGAAGGUCGACUUCCUCCAACCUGUUUACCUACGUAAAUUAUCUACUAGAUGUACUUAACAAUGGCCACUCAGCUCACACCAUUUCCAGCGAUUUCAGCAAGGCUUUUGACAGGGUGGAUCAUACUAUUCUGCGAAACAAACUUAGAAGAUACGGUAUAUGCGGUAAUGCACUGUGUUGGAUUCAAUCAUAUCAUAUAGGAAGGCAUUUCCUGUCUGCUAAGCAUAAUGUAACAUCAGGAGUAAAUCAGGGGUCACAUCUGGGACCUAUUCUCUUUCAUAUCUUCGUAAACGACAUUGGCGAUCAAUCAGAAUUUUUGCUGUAUGCAGACGAUUUGAAGAUCUUCAGAAUGCUAACCAGUGAGCAACACCUUCGAGUUCUUCAGAAUGACAUAGACAAGCUUUCGUUGUGAUGCCGAUUCAACAAAUUGGACUUGAAUGUCAGAAAAUUCUGGGAUUCAUUACUAGAACUAGCAAGGAUUUCAUGAAUCCCAUCUCACUGCCCGCCUUUAUUCAUCAAUGGUUCUGCCAAUUUUAGAAUAUGGCUCCGUAAUUUGGACGCCUUAUACCGAUGCAGCCUCUAGUCAUAUUGAAAAAAUACAAUCAAAGCUAUAUAAAUGUCUUGGCUAUCGAUAUGGUAUUCCUGGUGGUUACAACACAGUGUCUGAUGUCUAUAUACACUAUAACAUAAACAGCCUGCAAGAACGUCAAGUAGCUGACAUGAUAUUUUUCUUCAAAGUCGUGAACGGCCUUAUCGAUGCGCCAGACAUCAUCCGCAGUUUCCAAUGUGUAUCAGUGGGUCUCUCACUGAGACGUAACCGUCUCCUGAAGACUAUGAAAACUACCAAGAGCUACGUUUUCAAUGGUCCUCACAACCGUCUGGCCAGGCUCGUCAACUCAUUACAUAGUGAUGUGGACUUCUAUAGCGGAUCACUCAGUGCCUUCAUCCCGGAUAUCAAAUCACGUCUACUGCAAUAUCCCUAGUCUCAACUUUUUCACUUUCUCCUUCCUAAUUUGCUAUAAUUUGUUCUUAAUACUAAUAUUAAAUACUAUU